AUGUCGUCCACCAGCAACGCCUCCAUUGACAAGUUCAACGGAGACAAUUACGCAACGUGGAGCCGGUACAUGCGCGGUGUGUUUUUGACAAAGUCCGUCUGGCACGUCGUCAACCGUGAAGUGACUCCGACUUUCACCGACCCGCGAGCGUCCGAUGACUACGUCAAGGCAAGCAACGUCGCGUUUGGUAUGAUGCUGCUGCACAUGAACGCGGACUACCAUCAUGUGCUGGACAACUGCGAGGAAGCCUGGGUUGCGUGGACAAGUCUGAAGACGCUGUACGGUGGGUCGCAGAAGGCAGGACGCAUCUACCUCAAGCGACAACUUUUCAGUAUCAAGAUGGAUGAAGGCGCGAACGUCAUGCAUCACUGCAACGAGGUCCUCAACAUCUCCGCCAAGCUUAGCGGCAUCGGUGCGAAGAUGGAAGACGAAGACGUUGCAAUUUGUCUGCUACUCAGUCUUCCGAAGAGCUACGAAAAUGUGGUGCUCAACAUGAGCAGCACCGAGCUUCGCACUCAAGAUGUGGUGAGAGUCCUGACGAAUGAGCAUGCCAAGCGUCAAGGAGAAAAAGGGACAACGACAGCGACUACGACAAAGCAGAAGAACGAAGGUCGGGGAGCCCGACGCGGCGGCAAUGGUCGUCGACGCGGGUCAAACAAUGUCCAGUGGGGACAUCAUGAUGAAGGCAAUGGCUACGAUCGAGUGGCGUUUGCAGUCUCGUUCGAAUGUGGAGUUUCGACGAGCAAGGACGUGUCUGGAAUGUGGGCCGUCGACAGUGGUGCAACGCACCACAUUUGCCACGACAAGACCAAGUUCGCAAGUUUGGCAGAGCGCAAUGAGGGCGAACUCUUGGUGGCUGAUGGCAACAAGGUGGCCAUCAAGGGUGUGGGAACCAUCAUGGAAAAGGUGGUUCUGCCCAACGGUGAAGAGCGUGAGAUCGAAAUCAAGAACGCGCUAUAUGUUCCAAGUAUGAGCAAGAACCUGCUCUCGGUGCCACAGAUUAACAGCCAUGGCAAGUUUCAAGUCGUGUUUGACGGGUCCAAGAUGUAUGUGACUCUCAAGAACUCACAGCAAGUGGUGGCGACAGCGGAUCUCGUGGAUGGACUCUACUGGCUUCGGACGACUCAACGAUCAGCGAAUGUGACAACAAGUGGAACCAGUUGUGUCGAUCUACAUGCGAGAAUGGGUCAUGCUCCAGUCGAUGUACUUCGCAAGAUGAUCGCGACCAACAUGAUCAAGGAUGUGCGAGUCCCUCUCAAGUCGGGUGGAGCAACUACAUGUCGAGGAUGUCAACAAGGGAAAAUGGUCCAAAAACCAUUUCCAAGCAACCGAGACAAGCGCAGCUACGAUACGUUUGAGCUACUUCAUCUGGACAUCUGCGGGCCCAUGGAAAAGGAUUCGCUCGGUGGCAGCAAAUAUUUGCUGCUGAUCAUCGACGAAGCCAGUGGAUGCAUGAAGGGCUUUUGUCUACGAGUGAAGUCCGAGAGUGAAGACUACAUCCGGAAAUAUAUCACCAUGGUACAGACGCAAUUCUGUAAGAAGGUCAAGUUCGUGCGACACGACGGAGCUUGCGAGUUUGCAACCAACUUGCUUCAACUGUUCUACGAAGACGAAGGCAUUGAAUAG